AUGGAUUUUCUAUUUGGACUUCCACGGACUCAGAGUGGACAUGAUGACAUAUGGAUCAUUGUAGACAGAUUGACGAAGACUGCUAGAUUUUUGCCUAUUAAAGUCACUUACUUGUUAGAUAAAUUGGAAAAAAUAUAUGUUGAUGAGAUAAUCAGUUUGUAUGGGACAUCAGUAUCUAUUGUUUCACUUCUAAAUUUUGGCCCAGUUUGUAGAAAGCUACGGGUACUAAACUUCAUUUCAGUACAGCUUUUCAUCUACAAACAGAUGUUUGCUUAUAAUAACAAUUAUCAUUCGAGUAUAGAAAUGGCUCAUUCUGAAGCACUGUAUGGUAGGAAAUGCAGAACUCCAGUAUGUUGGGAUGAAGUUGGCGAAAGAAAGCUAUUGGGUCGCGAAUAUGUCCAGAUUACUGAUGCGAAAGUAAAGUAUAUUCCAGAUCCAUCUCAUAUUUUGGAAUCACAACGAGUAGAGUUGAAGGAAAAUCUUACCUAUGAAGAAGAACCAGUUCUGACAUUGGAUAGGAAAGAACACAUUUUGCGUACUAAGGCUAUUCCUUUGGUUAAAGUCUUGUGGAGGAAUCAUGUUAUAGAAGAAGCGAUAUGA